ACAAGAUUGACAAGACAAUUCAAUUUAGAUUUCUGUUCUACUAUUCUGCGGUGAUAUAAAAGUUGCUUUGUUUGGUAUAAAACACAUUUGAUUAAUUUAUGUAAGGAUUCUCACUUAUUUUAAGCAUUGCUCAUCAAUAUUAAACACAAUGCAAAGCGUAAUUAAUACGGUAAAAGGAACUGCUUUGGGCGUCGCUGGAUAUUUAACCCCGGUGCUGAAGGAGUCAAAAUUCCAUGAGACAGGUGUUCUUACACCGGAAGAGUUUGUAGCAGCGGGUGACCACCUAGUGCACCAUUGCCCCACGUGGCAGUGGGCACGCGGUGAGGAGGCCAAGAUACGCCCCUACCUGCCCUCUGACAAGCAGUUCCUUAUCACACGGAAUGUACCAUGCUAUAGGCGAUGUAAACAGAUUGAAUACUGUGAGGAUAAGGAGAAGGUGAUAGAAGAUGAGAAUGAUGAGGACGGAGGCUGGGUGGACACGCAUCACUAUGAUUCUACUGGUUCCCCCACAGUGGAGGAAAAGGUAUGUGAGAUGACACUGGAAGCUGCGGAUGCGGGGGAUAGCGGUGGCGAAGAGAAGGGCGAGAGCGGCGCGGGGGACGGAGAUGAUGACGACGACGACGAGGAGGGCGAGGCUGAGGACAUGGAGCAGUUCCAAGCAUCUGGCCUGCUCGAUGAGGUCGACCCGUCGACAGAGCUGCGGCCGCGGCGCGAGAGCAAGCCGGCCGGGGCGGGGGCGGGGGCGAGGUCGGGGGCGGGGGCGGGGGGACGCGCAGAGGGAGAGGGGGAUGACAUAGUGCGCACGCGCACAUACGACCUGCACAUCACCUACGACAAGUACUACCAGACACCGCGCCUCUGGCUCAUCGGUUACGACGAGGAACGUCGGUUGCUGAGCGUGGAGCAGAUGUACGAGGAUGUGUCGCAGGAUCACGCCAAGAAGACUGUCACCAUGGAGGCUCAUCCGCACCUCUCCGGACCAACAAUGGCCUCCGUACAUCCCUGCCGACAUGCGGAGGUGAUGAAAAAGAUAAUAGAGACGGUGACUGAGAGCGGAGGUGCGAUGGCGGUGCACGCCUACCUCAUCGUCUUCCUCAAGUUCGUGCAGUCUGUCAUCCCAACCAUAGAGUACGACUUCACGCAGAACUUUGCCAUGAACUGACUCCGCCCCCACACGCGCAGGCCACGCCCCCGCCCUCACACGCCACGCCCACCACAAGCUAGCGUACAAACAGCUUGCAUUUUGUAUCCUUUAU